AUGGCGUACGCGUCGGCGUGGAGUUCCACGCAUCCGCCGUUUCCUUCCAGUCAGCGAGGAAAUAUAGCUGACCGGAACGGAGAGAGGAAGCGAGAAGACCGCGUAUGGGCAUCCGUGGGAGCCGAGACUUCUCUUCCUUCCUGUGCAGCGAGCGCUCUGCCUCGUCACUACGUGCCUCACUACGUGAACGUUCCGAAAAUGGAAAAACUCAUCACCGAGCUUGCUGCUGACGCAACACAGAAACUCUCGACUGCCACAAUCAAGAAACAACUCAAGCAAAUCCAACAGCAGGAACCUUUGGCGGCCGUGUCCUUCAACGAGCUCUCCGGGAAAAAACAGACUCUGGCAGACUCGGCGGGGCUAGCGGGUUUCGGUCGAGCAGGCGCAAAAGAUGGGGCUAUACCACCGGCGGCGCCUCUCCGGAGGGCGAAGGCUGCGGAGGAAAGCAGCGGCUUGGCGUGUCCAAAAACCAGCGAAGGAGAGCGGGAAAAAGAAGACAGAGAAGACGCGCAAAUGACCACGCAGACUGCCGUCGCGAGCGUCUUUGGACAGGCAGAACUUCUUUCCUUGCUGCCAGAGUCGCGCUUCCGGAACUUGAUGCAGCGCCAGGUUCAGCGACUGAACUUUUUCGUGCAGUCGAAGGAGCGCGAAAUUUCGCAACGCCUCUGCCACAUCUACAGCGCAGUUGGCCUGAUGAGAGAGCAGCACGGCUUUACGCCGGACGUCGCUGCGAGGCUUGAAGAGGAGCUAGACGCGCAGUCUGCAGAAAUCACGCACCUCGACUUUUUUGUGCGACGAAACUACAAGGCACUCGUCGACCUUGGUCACCUCUUUGAUCGGCUUCUCGAGACCGACACAACGCGGUGGUUCAUUUUCUCGCUCAUCAAAGAGAAGUUCUGCAACGUGGACCUCGAAGGGUUGAUGCUGCGUCUCUCGCUCGCGUGGUCAGCCUUCCGGCAAGCUAAGGCGGGAGUGACGGAGAGCGGCAAGUGGGAAGCGCCGGAGACGUUCGUGAGGAACACAACCAAGUACUGGCUGCGCUCCGAUCGUGUGGUGCAGGCGCAAUGCCUCAUUCUGAAGCAUCUCCCCUUCCUCGUCUACGGCGCCUCGGAGGAAGACAUCGCUGCAACACUCCUGGGGCAGCCUCAGGGCAAGACCGGGAGCGGAGACGCGGAAAACGCCGUCACCAAACAAGAGAAGGGGAAGGCGGAAGAUCUUAAACCCAAUAUCGGCGCUUCCCAGCCCAUCACCUCGGUCUACGUCGACAGUAACACUGGCUACUGCUUCGAGAAUCGCAUUCUCCGCAUGGAAGGCGCUGAGCUUAUUCGCUUCCGGUGGUACGGCGUCAAUGACAACGACGGCGACAAGACGGUCUUCGUCGAGAGGAAGACGCACCACGAAAGCUGGACAGGUUUGAGCAGCACGAAGGAGAGGUUCGCUCUGGACCAAAAGUUCGUUAAGAGCUACUUGAUCGGGCGGCUGCCUGCAGCUGAGGCUCUCGGCGUCCAGUUCCGCGAACGUUGGUGGAAAGAGAAGGAGGCGAAGGAGAGAGAGAAGGAGAAAGAGAAGGAGAGAGAGAAGGAAGAAGCCUUGGGCGUUGGGGGGUAUCAGGGGAAGCAAGACGGAGUUGGGGAUUCGGAGAGGGGUGCCGAGGACGAGGCGCAAGGACGAACGAAGAAAGACGAGUCAGCAGAAAAACGGCGGCGCUGGGAACGAGAAGCGGAAGAAGCAGAGAUCAAAUUCUUCCAAGAUCCCAAAACGCAAAAGUCGCUUCAACUAGCCUGCGAGAUUCAAAACACACUCCUCAGUCAUUCCCUAUUACCGAUGGUGCGAACAAGCUAUCUGCGGGCAGCCUUCCAGCUGAGCACCUCGAACGCCGUGAGGAUUUCCUUGGACACGAACUUGUGCAUGGUGGACGAGUUGACGCCGCAGUACGUCAGUCUGGGAAGGGAGGAAGAGCGUCGAGGUUGCGAACGAGCACAAGCCAGUGACGCACUCAGCGGGUCACUUUCAGGCGAGAAAGGCGGUGUCUUCGUCGACGGCUUCUCUCUCUGGGAGAGCCUUCGAAGGCCCGAGGCCCAGACUCAAAAGCCGGCCUCGGUCUCGGCUCGCAGUCAAAGUGGGGGCGCGGGAGGAGACGGAGGAGCCGAAGAACGAGACACCUGCAGUGGGGCGAAGGCGGUCACCGGAGACCUCGAGCGAUUAGACCGAAUGCGUGAGGACGACGAUGAUGUUCUCUGGUGCAGAGUGGCUGAGGAACUCCUCGGAAAGAACGACGUCGUUCGCUUCCCCUUCGCUGUGCUGGAGGUGAAGCUCCAAACCUCGCCCGGUCCUCCUUGGGUUCAGGAACUUCUUGCGCUCUGCGACGCGAUUAUGGUCCCAAAGUUUUCAAAGUUCCAGCACGGCAUGGCCUUUCUGCACAGCGACAAAAUCUGCCGCCUUCCCUACUGGCUCCAGGCCUCGCCGGAAGCCGAGGGCGGUCGCCGCGACAGAGACGCCCUCGGCCGCGGGCUGUCUCUCGACUCGCAUGCGCGCGACGGCCAGAGGCCGUUGGCGAGAGAGAGACGGGAAGGCGGGGAACACGCUCAGGCAGCGGCUGCGUCGCUGCCGCCUUUCUCCUCUGGGCUCGCGGACUUGGCGAGGGAAGGCAGCUGCGGGGUGGACGACAGGAGAACUGACGGGCACUACUGUCUCUUUGGUUCUCGGCGCGGUACGCUGUUCUACUCGCCCAUCGUUCGCAGCGUGGAAGAGGGUGAAGGCGCUGUCCACUCGGUCCACUCGGCGCAGCUGGUCGAAGGGUUCCGGCACCCCGCAGAGGCCAGCAGCAAACCGAGCAGGGGCGAUCCGACGCUCAGCUGCGUUUCAGUCGGCGACGACCUUCCAACCAAACCCAGUCUGACGCAGUUCACGCGGCGUGCAAAGCCAUGUGGGAAGUCGACGCUGGGGACGGAUGCGGCGCGGACGCUGGACUGGCUGCGACAGCGACACACCGAGGCGCUCGCGGAGGAUUUCUACACGCCCUCAGACAGCCUAGAGGAGCCCCGCGUCCUCGCGUCCCAAGAGGAAGGUUUCGGCGUUUCCGAGGCGCACGGAAGGCGCAGCGGGCGAAACGAGACGUCCUCUGGGCUGCCUCGGUCCGAGUCGCCUCAGCGCUCGGGCGACGAUGGAGAGGAAGACGACGCGGUUUUGGCGCGACAGACGAAGAAAGCAUGUUUGCGGAAAGUUCUUCGGCAAAGCAAGAAGAUGCGGAAACUCGAUCCGAAGAGUUUCUUUGCCAAUGAACGGACCUUUCUUCAGUACCUGCAGAAGGCGGUCUACCUGGGUUCUCUGGCGAUUGUCCUCCUGCAGUGGGGCGGCGUCGGCGUUUUCGCCGAAAUGGCCGGGCUGUGUCUCGCCUUUGCGGUCCUCGCGCUGCUCGCCUACAGCUACAGGAUCUUUGAAGAGCGUGGGCGGAAACUGGAGAGGAAAGUCGCGCGAGGGGACCUCAACGCCGGCGAGCGCUACGACAGCACCUACGGCCCCGUUCUGGCCUUUGCGUCUGUGUCACUGAUUGUCCUUUUCAUUCUCACGACGCAGAUCGACGCAGGGGUCAGAAAACUCGAGUCUGUCUAG